CGACGAUGGCCAUAACAGUAACUACGACCACCAUGGCUGAAAUGGCCGUUGAUGCUCCUAAGCCUCCUAAGCUUGUCCUGGAUGAUUUUAUUGCUGCUGCGCUGUCUGGCACCCCUUCCGAGCUGCACCCAUUCUUCGAAUCGUUUCGAACGCUGCAUACACGAAAGCUAUGGCAUCAACUAACGGUGAAGCUUUUUCAGUUCUUCGACCACCCUGCAUCGAAACCGUUUCGAGUUCAUGUGUUCGAGCAGUUCGUACGAGACUUUGAGAGUAAAAUCAACCAAUUGAAGCUCGUUGAGAUGGGUGUGAAAGUGUCGAAGGAGAUCGAUAAUCCCCAGGCCCACUUGACGUUCCUGACCUCGCUGCUUUCUCGAAUCGACACGGAGAAGGCGAAAGAGGCUCAUGUUUUACUUCUCGCAACGAUUGCCCAUGCGAAACUGCUGUAUGGUGACCUCGAGGGGACGAAGACGGACAUGGAUUCAGCGUGGAAAGUUCUUGACAACCUUGAAGGCGUAGAUAAUGGUGUCAACGCGGCGUAUUACUUGCUGGCUGCUGACUAUUAUAAAGCCAAGGCAGAAUAUGCGCCGUAUUACCGGAAUUCGUUGCUGUACCUCGCAUGUGUAGACCCUGCAACGGACAUGACACCAGAAGAAAGGCUGGUGAGGGCUCACGAUUUGGGCAUCUCUGCGUUCCUGGGUGACAGCAUCUACAACUUCGGCGAACUCUUGAUGCAUCCUAUACUGGACGCGCUAAAUGGCACACCUCAUGAAUGGAUCAAGAAAUUACUUUUCACAUUCAACGAGGGAAGUAUAGGUAAAUUUGAAGCCCUAGCUCCCCUCUUCCCGCAAGAGCCCAUCUUGCAAGAGAAUUUCCCCUUCCUCCGUCAAAAAAUCUGCCUCAUGGCCCUGAUCGAAUCUGUGUUCAAGAGGCAUGCUGAUAACCGAACGAUGAGCUUCCAAACUAUCUCAGAAGAGACACGAUUGCCCCUAGAUGAAGUCGAGCAUCUCGUUAUGAAGGCGUUAAGCCUGAAGCUCAUCCGUGGGUCCCUCGACCAAGUAGAUCAGAAGGCGCGUAUCACCUGGGUGCAGCCUCGUGUUCUCUCCAGGGAACAGAUUGGUGGUGUGGCGAAACGGUUAGAGGAAUGGGUGAACAAGUUGGGUGCCGUCGAACAACGUAUUGCUCCCGAGGUGAUGAUUGCCUCAUGAAUUCAUACAAUGAAUGUACUGUGCUCGUUCUUUAGAAGAUCCUGAGUUUACUAGAUGAACGCCUGGGGCCGUGCUGCGCUUCAUGACAGUUCACGACAUCGACAGGUAUGUAGAGUGUAUACCACGUGGAAAAUUGUGCAUUCCUCGGAAGCGAAAUCUUGUAGGAUCUUUGUGAGCAAGCAGAAUUCAAUCAAAUAAGAUAUUCUAG